AAUGACAAAAAUCCCGUGUAGUAGUUGCCAGCAGAAGGCAGAAGCUGCCGCACAGAACACGUUCUCAAAUCCAGGGUCAGACCUCAAGAACACUCAAGAUUUACUGAUGAAAGCUCAGCAGAUACUUGAUCAUAAAGAGUAAUAACAACUAAACUAAGACACUGAAAGGAAAACACCAGAUGCCAUUCUGCAGGAUGUACUAAAUGCCACUUAAUGGAUACAUUUAAAUCCUCCUGAAUCAACAGAGUAACCAGGUAGUGAAGAAGAAACACAAGCCAUGGACAACCUCACCUCUGUGGCUGUGAAUGGCAGCUUAUGCACCAGAGAUUACAAGAUCACCCAGGUCCUCUUUCCGCUCCUUUACACUGUCCUGUUUUUUGUUGGACUCAUCACAAACAGUCUGGCUAUGAGGAUUUUCUUUCAAAUCCGCAAUAAAUCUAACUUUAUCAUUUUUCUUAAGAACACAGUCAUUUCUGAUCUUCUCAUGAUUCUGACUUUUCCAUUCAAAAUUCUCAGUGAUGCCAAACUGGGAACAGGACCACUGAGAACCUUUGUGUGCCAAGUGACCUCUGUCAUAUUUUAUUUCACAAUGUACAUCAGUAUUUCAUUCCUUGGACUGAUAACUAUUGAUCGCUACCAGAAAACCACCAGGCCAUUUAAGAUGUCCAACCCCAGCAAUCUCUUGGGGGCUAAAAUUCUCUCUGUCGUAAUUUGGGCAUUCAUGUUCUUACUCUCUUUGCCCAACAUGAUUCUGACCAACAGGAGGCCAAAAGACAAGAAUGUGAAGAAAUGCUCUUUCCUCAAAUCAGAGUUUGGUCUGGUCUGGCAUGAAAUAGUCAAUUACAUCUGUCAAGUCAUUUUCUGGAUUAAUUUUUUAAUUGUCAUUGUAUGUUAUACACUCAUUACAAAAGAACUGUACAGGUCAUAUGUGAGAACAAGGGGUGUAGGCAAAGUCCCCAAGAAAAAGGUAAACAUCAAAGUUUUCAUUAUCAUUGCUGUAUUUUUUAUUUGUUUUGUUCCUUUCCAUUUUGCCCGCAUUCCCUACACCCUGAGCCAAACCCGGGAUGUCUUUGACUGCUCUGCUGAGAAUACUCUGUUUUAUGUUAAAGAAAGCACACUUUGGUUGACUUCCUUAAAUGCAUGCCUGGAUCCAUUCAUCUACUUUUUCCUCUGCAAGUCCUUCAAAAAUUCCUUAAUGAGUAUGCUUAAGUGCCGCAAUUCUGCAACGUCUCCAUCCCAACAAAACAGGAAAAAAGAACAGGACGGUGGUGACCCAAGUGAAGAGACUCCAAUGUAAAACACCUGAGGUAAUAUUCCAACCUAUUAGCGUUUGGAACAUCCAAAAGGAAAGCACUGUGUAAAAAUACCGACUAAUAGUAAGCUGAGUUAGUAACAAUGACUCUCUAAACAAGUAGUAGAAAACAACGUAAGUCAUUUUCAUUAACUUAUCCAGUAUUAAAAGCUGUCUUAAAAUGUAGAAAAAGAAACCUAACAUGUAGAUGUUUAGCAAAAUGAACUGUAUCUAAUCAUCGUGGUUAUAAGCCAAACUACAUAGAAGUCAUGAUUUGUAAAGUGUUAGCACUGUGGGUGACCGUAGGAUAUCUGUUGUAAUUUUUUUAAUAUGUUAUUGAACACAGUGUAAUUAUCAAGUUAUAAUCAACUAAGGAAAAAUGAUAAAGCUGAUAAAAACCUUCUGACUGAAAAUUAUACUGAGAUGUGCAUACACUCUAGUCCCUAACCAAAUGCUGAUCUAUUGUGAUACUCAUUAUAAUAUUUUAAGUGGGACACUUAACAAAGACUAUUAAAACUACUAACUUCUAACUAUUAGCAAAAGCCUAAGAAAUUUAAACUAAUUGAAAUGGUAACUGGACUGAACUUUUUAAAUUUUCAUUAAAAAGAUAGGUUUUAAAAUACUUGUCCAAUAAAAAGAGCAGAAAUAGCAAAAUCAUUAAAAGUUAUUUCUAUGACCUUGUAAUACCAAAAAACUCUUUGAGUAUUUCCUCAAUCCUGGAGAAACCAGUUUUAUUAAUGGUAAAAUGCCAUCAUUGCCACUUACCUUUAUUAACUAGCUUUCAGAAACUACCUGCUAUUUGGGUUAAUGAAUAUUGCUUCAGUGAGAAAAACAAAUGUGAAUAUAUGGUUGCAAAGCAUAACUAUUAGCAGAAAAGUGGAUAAAAUGUUCCUAAUUACUGGUUUGUCACUU